UUUUCAGAGCUCUCACACCUCCUGUGAAGGACACCAAAUUCACCCAACUUUAGGAACUCAUCCUCAGAACAAACCAACAAAAGACCUGGGGCUGCGGUGUCAGUCCUGGAGUGUGUGGUGUCUACUUGCCUGGUCUUCACCUCAUUCAGUCUCACCAGGGAAGUGUUUGCAGGUGAAGAUGAACAGGGGAAUUCUCUUCUUGUCCCUGCUUGGCUUCCUCCCGCUCGUGAUACCCACCUGCCCUGUGCCAUGCAAGUGUACCACCACCAUUAUUGACUGCACCUCAAAAGACCUCACUGUAGCAAACCUGCCCGUUGCCUUCCGUCCUUCAGCCGAAAUUAUCCACCUCGGUUACAACAGGCUCACCUCUAUUCCCAAUGGGCUCUUUGACAACCUGAAGAGCCUGCAGGUAGUGUACCUGCAGGGCAACCCUUGGGAAUGCACCUGUGACAUCCUGUACCUGCGCUCCUGGCUGCAGUGGCAGCAGAACCGCACCCUGUACCGGGAUGUGAGGUGCAGCUCCCCGAGCCACCUGCAGCACCGGGUCAUUGCCUACCUGACAGAGGACGAGGUCAACUCCACGUGCCAGUACUGGUACUGCAGCCUGGCUCUCCUCUCUCAGCUCUGUCUCUUCAUCCUCCUUUUCCUCCAGGGUAUCUUGGUUAUCUUCAUCAUUGUUUACCUGCAGAAAUUUCGGAGGAUGACCGCUGAAGCCCGGAGCACCACCCGAGAACUGCACCAGCAGGUUGACCCUUGGGUAUCUUCUUCAAGAAACCCCUACGACAAUGAUUAACAUCCCAAGACUGAAGACCCUCCUCCUCUGGGGGGAUGAAGUGCCAAGCCCCUGUGGUUUGUGAUACCCAGAGCAGACAUCUGACCCUGACUGCAGUCCAAAGCAGGACUUGAACUAUCAGACACUUGCCUGUGUUCCUAAAGAACCAAUCUUGUGGGUUUCUUAAUGCUUUGAACUCUUUAGCAUGAUGUUGAUUGCUUUGCUGAGCUGGACGUGGCUCUGGUUUGGUAGAUUAAAGAAAUCAUAAACUACAGUGACCAGAACUGACUCAAAUGGCUCACAAGGUCCUAAAGGCUACAGAGCUUGAUCCCUCCUAUGCUACAGUAUUUCAGCCACACUUCCCACGAUACUUCUGGUUGUGUUGGGUCAGGUGAGGACAGAGGUGGGCAGUGAACAGUUAAGGUACUGGACUAAGACAAUGCAGAAAUACAGUUUUCUCAUGUUACCACAGACUGCCUUAGAAUCUUUGGCCAAGUGACUUAGUCUUCUCCUGCCAUGGUUUCGCCAUCAGUAAAAGAGAAAAAAAAUUUCUUCCUGCUUGAUGCAUCUUUUCCAAUGUUCUUCUUCUGAGGGAGGGAGGGAAUGUUUAGAAGCCCACCUAUUUUAUCCUGUUUGCAUUCCUUUUAAUCUUCUUACAGUUUUAAUACUGACUUCAGGUGAGUGAGACUGGGGCCCUGAAUGCUUUUGAGAUAUUCAUCCUGAAGCCAAGAGUUGUUGAGACCAGUGGCUCGCUCUGGCUGUGCCUGUAACAGCACUUGGCAUGAGAGAUCUGGUCUUUAGAGGCUCAAACUGCAAACCCCACUGAUGUGCCUACUGCUGGUUAUAGUGUCCCUUAAUUAUUUUUGAAAUGAAGCAAAAAUGAAAUAAAAUAAUGAUGCCUGUUGGUGUAAA